GGACUUAUUUGACUGAAUCGAAGCUGAGAACAUGAUACUUUCUUGGUUUCACACCCCUUAUCUGGACCAGUCGAUCAGUAAUCCAUACCAUAGAUUGAAUGACGACUAUCUUCUCCAUGUGGUGUUUGGAAGUUGAAAUUUGGACCCAGAAAAUCGUAAUUUCAAGCCAAAAUUAAAGGAUUUCAUCCACAGGAUGAGGUGAUAGGUCAUCGUCAUGGUGUAUGGAAACAUUCCCUCCCACAUUAAGGCACCAGAGGGUGUUGUAUUAAAGCCCUCCAAAGUUGAUCGAAGGUUGAUUGGUGCCUGGUGUACAAAUGUUGUCAAGCAAGGAUCUUUAUUUGGACCAUUCAAAGGAGAAAUUGUCAAAGAAAAUGAGAGGAAGAAGAUUGAUUUCAGAUAUGCUUGGGAGGUGUAUGACUUGGAGACAAGUGAACUGAUUCAUAUCAUAAAUGCCACAGACCCUAGCAAGGGGGACUGGACACGCUAUGUGAACUGUGCUCGCUACCUGGAGGAACAGAACCUUGUGUCCAUUCAGGAAGGAACACAGGUCUUCUACAAGGCUAUCAGAGACAUUCCAGCUGGAGAAGAACUCCUGACUUGGUUUGAGAGACGUAAGAUCAGAGAGAACAGCAAUAUGGAGAAAACAAAGGAGAAACCCAGCAAAACUAAAGGUAUACCAAGUCCUAAGAAGAAAACUGUCAAAAGAUCUCGAUCAGACUCCAGCCUUGGCUUGGGAGAUAACAUCACCAUUGGUGAGAAACGCCAGCGGAAAAAGAAAAAGAUGUUUGGCGAUGUUGAGGAAGUGUCUCUAGCAGAACUCAUCCCAAAGAAACGAUCGAAACGAAGCAUGGAUUCCAAAGAAUCCUCCGUCGAAGAUCCUACGACAGAAGCCAUCACCACUCAAAUCUUCAACAGUCUGGAUGUGGAUACCAUUAAAGUCUACAGCACAACGACUGGUGGAUCUGAGUUUUUAGAGGCAGAUAAAAAUAAAUUGAAAGAAAUUGAAGAUAAUUGGAGGUAUCCUCCAAAGAGGAGGGAGUAUCAGUUUGGUUUCCAAAAUCGCAUCGCUACCAGUGUAAAUAACCGCCGUAUGUACAAGUGUAAUAUAUGUGGCGGAUUGUAUCGGCACAAAUUUAGCUUAAAGAGGCACUACUUACGCAAUCAUAUUAACUGUCAGUAUCUGAGCAAGGCAGCUGUCACAAAUUGUAUGAUCUCUGUGGCAUCUCAAUAUCUCACCAUGGUGAAGGAGAAUGGGGAGGAAGCCAUGAAGAAGAUCCACAAUCACAUUCAUAUCAAAAUGGAGGAGGCAGAUACCAGUUUGGAUGAGAAAUCUGAUGAGGCAGCUAAUGAUACAAAUGAAGAGGAAUCAUCAGACACUGCCAGCAAUAACGAGGAAAACAUUGACGAGUCAGCAGCUGAUAUCAAUCCGGAUGAGAAAUACACUGAGUCAGGUCUUUACCCUGGACUAUAUAGGUGUAAUGCUUGUAGUAAACUGUUUGAUAAAGCACCGGAACUAACAGAUCAUACGAAAGAACACUCUGAAAUUCCUGAUGCAAAAACAUUUGCUUGCAGUUUGUGCAAUAUGACUUUUAAGUUCAAAAUGAACCUUGUUCGCCAUCAGCUUGUUCAUGAAGGUAAAACUUCUGGCAGCAACUCUAUGGGAACCAGUAAACAGAAGGUCAAGGUGGAACCAGUCAAUGACAGUGGAGAUCCAAAACGACCUUAUAUGUGUUCUCAGUGUCCAAUGAAGUUCAAAUAUGCCACAAAUCUGGUCAAGCAUGAAAUUGUUCAUUCAGAUGAUCGUCCAUGCAAGUGCUCAGUUUGUGACAAAUCUUUUCCUUCCACAACCAACUUGAAAAAACACAUGAAUAUCCACAUUGGGUGUAAAGUGCCUUGUAGACACUGUGAGGCAGUCUUUUCUCAUGUUGGGGCCCUGAGGAAGCAUAUCCGACUUCUCCACCCCACAGUACACAGGGAGAGGCUUCUGAAACUGCUGGAAAAACAGGGAAAGCUAGGGGUCAAGGCCCAGAAAUACCUAGAGAACAGCUACGAAAAUGAGAAUAGCAAUGGCAAGUCAUCUGAGAGAGGGAGCACGUGCAGCAGUUCAAAUGAGGGCGAAAAAGAGAUAAGGCAGAAAAAGGAGAAGAGAACAAAGACCAGGAUUGAAGACGGAAUAGAUUCCAGGUUCAAGUUCUCCUGUACGAUUUGUAAGAAGAGAUUCACGGAGUAUGUGAAUAUGUGCAGACAUCGCCGUGUGGCUCAUGAAGACCCAGAAGAGGAAGGGAGCAGUAUUACAAACUCUGAUGGAAGCUCGGACUUGGUCAAUGUAGUGGAAGAAAACCCUGAGGCUGUAGCAGCCUUCUUUGCAAAUGUUGCUUACAAUAUUGCUGAGAAUUUGACAUGUUACUUGGAUGGAGGACAGGAAGCACUUGAGGCCUACAGUAAGAAGGAAGAUGAGGAGGUGGAGGUGGAAAAUAUGGAGGAAGAAAAGAAAGUGGAAGCAAACCCCAACAUUGCUCUGGACCAGUACAACUUCCCUCUCAGCUACAAUGCCAGACUGCUCCAAGAGAACUUUGAGUAUUGCCCUCUAGAUCCAUCAGAGUUGAUGAAGAAAUAUGAGAAAGAAGUACCAAACUAUUUUGAUGUGAACAUUGAUGAGAAUUCUUUGGAUGAACGUGGACCAGCUCUCUGCACUCGUCGUCGAAGUUCGAAAGAUAGUAAAGAUGACAGUAGAGACAGCAUAUGGGGGAAUAGGUUUGAUAGAAGUAUGACAAACUCUCCAGCCAAAUCAGAACGGAGUGAGUCUCCCAUGCUAAAGAUUGCAUCUGUAUUCUCAGGGAAGGAGGCAGUCUUGUUGAUGCCAGAAACACCCAAAAAAGACUCUCCUGCUGAGAAAGCUGGUCAGAACAACGGGACUAUUACCAUAGCUCCCCUGGAGGGGAAAACAGAUGACCCUUCACAAAAGUCUGGUAAUAAUUCUGAUGAGGAGAAAACAAAGGAAGAUGUAGAGACAUGUAAAGACAACAAUAUAGCAAAAGAAGAUGACGCUAUUAAAACUGAUACAGAAGUGGCAUCUGAGAAAUCUCAGGACACUGACGAUCCCAUGAAAGCUGAGGAUGAAGAGAAUAUAUCAGAAGAGGAAGUCACAAAUGAUGUUAAGAAGUCUUUGGAUGGAGGAAGUACACCAAGUACAAGCUUACAGGAUUCAGGAGAGACCAAUGCAAGUCCAGGGGACAUUAAUGGCAAUAAAAAACAUAAGCAAGAAUGUUCAGAAGAAACAGAAUUAGAGAAAAGUGAUAAAUCUGAUGACUAUGACAGAAGCACUGAGUCAAAGGACAACCAGCUUAACAAUGAAAGUGAGCAUUUUCCUAGAAAGCAUGUAUUCAAAAUUAUGGAGUACAGCAAAAUGAAAAAAGGGGGUUUAACAGUGAUAUGUCACAGUGAUCUCCAGAAAGUUCAAAAGAGUGUGAGUGUGAAAGACGGUGAUAAAUCUGAUUCUUUGACAGAAAUUGUGAAUGAGGAUGACAAAUCGCAUGACCCUGAGGUCUCAGAAAAUAUCUCAAACUCUACAGCCGGCUCCCAGAUUGGAAGUGGAUUGGAUGACAAACCACCACAGAUCAAUGACAUGUGCAGUGAUGACAGUAACUCGGGGAUUUUACUGGUGGAUCUAUUCACUGACUCGGACUCAGAACAAACAAAUAAGGACCAUGAUAUGAUGCUACAAGGACUGGAUUUGGCCAGAGGAACCAAAGCCACGACAGAUGAGAAAAAGCCAAGGUCUUUCAGUGCUGGUAAUUCUCCUCAACGGAGUCCACUCUACAACUAUGAGACGAUCAUGUUUGGAAAACUAGGAGAUACAGCAUAUGUGUGCUCGGUAUGCAAGAGACAUUACCCAGACUUUGAUAGAUUGAUCCGACAUCAAUGGAAGAAACAUCCAUCUAUAUAUUGUGACUUUAUGGAAGUGGAACAAGGAUAUGAAAUAGAAAGUCUAUACUACUCGAAGCCAUGCAACAGAGGUUUACUGGGUUCUUCAGGGAAAGCCUUGGAGAGAGCUAUGAACAGGCCAUCAUACACAUGUACUCGGUGUAGAGGAUCAUUCAAAAGUGUGGACAGACUUCGGGUUCAUAUCAUUAACUGUGCUACUCCUCAACCAUCUCCCAAGAAAAAAAAAUCCUACUACAAACGCAAAACACCAAUCAAAUUAGACAAUGCAGAGAUUGAGAGUCCAUCCAAACUGGCUAGUCAGGUGAAUGUGAAGGAACUUAACUCUAGAAUGACAGAAUUAUCUUCCAAAAGUGACAAGAAAGAAGACAAUGUGGUGAGAGAAAAGUCUGUGAACUCUGAGGAAAUUGAACAGGAGGAGAAAUCUAUAGAUGAAAUCAGGGUAAGACCAAACACCCCUUUGCAGAAAACAAAUGUCGAGAAGAAAGCUACAACAGAUACUAAAGUCACUCCCAAGAAGAAAGAAACAAAUGAAGUGAAAGAAAAAACUUUCCUGGAGACAAAAGGCAGUGAGCAGAAGACUCAAAAGUCUCCAUCUAGUCAACCUAAUGUUAAGAAGAAAAAUAUGAUUGAAAAGAAAAUGCAAGUCAAAGAGAAAAGUAAACAUGCUUUGAUGUUUAAAGGCAAAGCAACAGGGAAAAGUAAGUCUCCACUAAAAAUCCGAACUGAUCAAAGCAAGGCUGGAAAAUCAAUGAUGGUAACAGAAAACAUUCAGAAGAAGAAGGGUAGGAGAGGACGUGACUUUGUCAUCUACAAUCCAAGGAAUCAUGUUCGACGUCGGGAAUUGUCAGAGGUUUUAGAUAAACAACAGUGUAAAGGCUGUGGAGUCAAAUUCAAGACAAUCUCCUUGUUAGAGAGACAUGUAAAAAAAUGUGAUGAAAAAGACAAAUUCAAGGACAUUAAAUUAAUCAAAUCUAACAUAAAUGAAGCAUUUCACCAAAAACAAAGACACAUGUGUUUUUAUUGUAACAAAGGGUUCAUCUAUCCCAAAUCUCUUAUGAACCACUUCAAGGCUUUCUGUUUAGUAAAGAAGGAACGCAUGUCUAAUGGAGGCUUGUCUGAUGAGGACAAAUCAACAGAGGCAACCAUGAUGAAGCGACUUAUUCAACAAGAGGAGGAUAGAAAAAUCACAACAGAAGAAUUCACUGAACAGAAAAAGGGAGGCUGGCCUCGUGGAAAGAAAAGAAAACACAGAAGGAAAAACCACUCCUGGACUGUUAUUAAACAAAGGAAGUCAUCAGUCUAUGGUGUGGAGGUUAGGGCAACUGGGGAUGGCACUUGUUCUGUAGAGGAGAAUGAAGAGAUGGAGGCAUCUGAGGAGGAGGAGGAGGACACUCUUCAUGAACAGACAGGUGACUCUAACAUGACACCAAAGAAAGCAAGUAAGUCUGAGCCUGAAGAAGGUAAGGAACAACACAAGAAAUCCACCAAUUCUCCUCAAAAGUCGGGGGACAAGAAAGAAUCCGUUUUAUCAUCAGCAGAUAAAGGCAGUGAUGUGUUUGAAGCAGAAUCCAAAUCCAAGAAAGUGAGAGUGCAAGCAGGACCAGAGUCUGCAACUAAAUUAAAAAAGAUCAAAGUUACUGCUUCAGGUCUAAAAGGCAAGAAAGAAAGUGAAAGCUCUAUAAAAGUGGAUUCCUCUGCAAUGUCAGGGAGGAAAGUCAGUACGACAUCCUUAACGUCCUUAGCAGAGACAGAAAAAAAUACAAGAAGUGGGGCAGAAUUAUCAAGAAAAGGGGGAAGAAGGAAAAUUAUAAAGAAUGACAUUCAGGAUUCACUAAAGAAUACUACAUUUCAUGAAGAGGUGAAGGGUAAAUCUAAAGAAGCAAAAACUAAAAAAGGGAAAAGUGAUGGCUCAACCAAAAAUGCUCUAAUCCUGGAAGGGAAAAUGAAGAUGGAACAAGAGGAACAAUUGUCAAAAGAAGAAGUAACAAAGAACAUGGAGGGGAAGGCAAAGAAAAGGAAGAUAUCUUUUGAUAACCCUGACAUGAAGUUUAUGACAAUGAAGAACAUUGUGAAGAAGGGAGGGAGUAGGGGUUCACCGGUGAAAACUGUGGAGAAGGAGGUAGAGGAAGAGAGCGAGAAAGUGACUUCUAGCAAACUUACAUUCCAUAUUUAUGAUUCUGAUAGCUUCAAAAAGAAGAAAGCCACAACUACCAUAGGGGCAGGGGUGGAAAGGUUCCAUAUAAUACAGCUUAGGGAUUUUGUGGGAAAGAGUAACCUUGAGGGAGAUAGUCAUAAAGUAGGGGAAAAGGGGAGGAAAUCUGGGGAAGGGGGAAAAGGGACACAAGGUGGGAGGGAUUUGGUGGUAAAGGGGGAUCUAGAGAAAGAUGUGAUGAGAGAGAAAGGAUGUCAGACCCCAGGGGAGAUCCGUGAAAGUGGAGGGGAGGGAUCAGAAAAGAAAUCCACAGGAUCAAAUAAGAUUAAAGGAGUUGUGAAUAGAAAGCCGGAUACACUUCAGUUUCAUCAAGUUGAUGUAGCUGCCAUAAGAACUAAGAAGGGGAGCAAGGCUCUUAAAAGAAAGUGAAAUUUUGUUCAUGAAAAAGAUGCUGCAAUAUUCAUAAAUCAUUUUUGUGAUGGAAAAAAUGCAUUUUAUAGUUGGACUGUAUGGUAUAUUUACUUGUGUUCCCCCAUAUUUUGGUGCUCUAAUUUUACAGUGUGUCAUAUGUCAGAGAGAAAUUCACUGUACCUAUGAAUGCUUUUAGAACUUUUAUAGAAAUAUCAAUACUAAUAAGAUUUUGAUCCAUAGUUUAUGACAGAUGUUUUAAAAUUUUGCUUUGCAAUGCUAACAUUCCAUGUACUACAUGUAUACCCUGGCUAGCGGCAGUUCUGCAGCUACAUGUUGAUCUAAUUAGUGUGUGUAUAUAUGCAAUCUAAUUAAAAUCAGAUCCUAAGAUAUCCUCACAAUUGCUAUAAUGGGAUCUGAUAUAACCCCAUAUGGGGUCACGUCCACAUGUUCUUUGGCUUGGAAUAUUCAUGAGAACUAUCAGCCAAUCAGAUUGCACCAUACAGACAAUGAUGGCUAUUUAGGCGGUUCCUGGCAAUUUGUAAACAAGUAAGUAGUAAUCUCUCUCCUACGAAGUUUAUUCCACACUAUAAAAUUGUAUAUUCUCACAUGAGGAAAUUUGAACUGUCACAAUAAUGUCUAAUCUAUUCUGUGCAUACAAACAACAAAAUGUAUGAUAAAAAUUAAAUUAGAUUAAUUGUGGAUAGCGAUUUAUUUAUAAAUAGGAAUGGGUAUGAUUUGAAUAGUUUUCAAGAUGGUUUACUUAAGGAAGUUAGCUCCUGAGCUUUUGAGUACAACUGUGCAGGAUGCUACAACUAUUAUUUGCUGGUUCAAUACUGAUCCCAUUGUUGCAAAUAUAUUACCCCAUCUAUUGCUGAACCCUAUCCAGUUAAAAAAUUGUGUCAAUUCAAAUUUUGAAAGGGUUUGACAGGGACUAUAUUUUGUGGCGGAAGGAUUCACUAAUAAAAAAGUUCUAAUUCUGCAUGAUAUUACAGUUUCUGUUUCAUCCAAUGUAUCAUCUAUUUUUAUACCCCUAUACGUGUAUUUCAGUUUUAUAAUUUAUAAUACAGGUAGUUGAGACUUGGAACUAGUUCAAAUAUUGUGAUUUAUUAACUUGGUUGAUAUAUUUUUCCAAAGAGAUCACCGAUUCUUAAAAAAGUUUUAAUAAAUUUAUACGAAAUUUUGUAUAAAAAUUCAGUAUUUUCGCCAAUAAUUCAAAAAUUUGAUCUCCAACCCCCACUUUUUAAAGUUGCAUUUUAAAUUGGAAGACCGGACCUUGAAAAUUAUGUAAAAUUUUAUAGUUGGACUGUAAUUGACAUUACUCCUAAUAUAUCCUUUUAAACUCUCAAUUUUGAUAUCAUGAAGUUUUUCGUAUAUCAAGUGCAAAAAGGUAAUUAUUUCCUUCAAUAAAAUUAAUUUCUUUUUUCAUCUGUAGUGUUAGAGGACAUUAUUAUGUAUCUAUUUUAUGUAAUGAUUGAUUUUUGUUGCUUAUGUUGUGUUGACACUAACAGAAAAAUCAAGUUUAAUUGAAUAAAUUUUAAGUGCAAAAAGGUCAUGUUUAGAACACUAUAGCUCAAUAACAAGCGUUGCGACCCCAGUUUUUCUUUUUAAUUACCUAAUUCUCCUUCAAUGCAGAAAUCAAAUAUACACUUCCCAAAAAAUUGACAUUACUCCAAAUGUCAGGUGCGAACUCUUUAAUUAACGCCAGGAAUAUAAUGCCAGUCGACGUAAACGGUGCAUUGGAUUUCACAUAUAGCUAUGAUGUGUUUUCUUUCGAACCAAGCAAUUGCAGCCAUUUUCCUUGAAUUGUGAACACUGAUGAUUUCAUAGGUGACACGCUGAUUGGCUAAGAUAAAGUUCACAUAAACAUGAUCCCAAGUCGGGUUAUGUCAGAUCUUCUUAUGCAGAGUAUACUGCACAGAUCUAAGAAAUCUGAUUUUAAUUAGAUUGUGUAUAUAUGGCUACUUGACAUCAAUAAGGAUGAAAGAGUUGUCCUUCCUGUAAUGAAUGUUCUUUGUUAUGAUACUUAAAGGGACAUUAGCUGUGAUGGCAACCAUUUUUUCUCAAAAUCUCUCAAUGGCAUAGGAAUAUAUGUUGAUGACUAAUGAAAACAUUUAUUUCAUACAAAAACAAGAGAAACCUAACAAAACUAUAUUAGUGUAAAGAAAUAUAGGAAGAAUUAUUGUCUUGCAAUUAUAUGACUAGAGAAUAUUACAUGCUAAAAUCCAUAUCACAUGUCAUAGCAGCCCUCAGGGCCCCAUAUCAGCCCGAGGGUUGAUAUGGGGCCCUGAGGGAUGAUAUGACAUAUAUGGAUUUUAGCAUAUGAUAUUCAAUUUAUUAUAUACUGCACUUUUUCAUGCUUGGAUAUUGUAUAUGAAUGGUGUAUACGUGUUUAUAAUUUUUUCUAUUGAUAUGGAUCGAGUCCAGGAGCUGAUCUUCUGAAAUGCUAUUCUUUUCAUGACUUGCGGGUUACUCUUUUACAUUUUACAGAUACAUCAAGGAAUAUGUGGCACAUUACAUUACUGUAGUAAAAACCUAGGUGCAUUGAUUUACUCUAGUAAAAACCUAGGUGCAUUGAUUUACUCUAGUAAAAACCUAGGUGCAUUGAUUUACUAUACUGGUAAAUCUUUGAUACAUUGAUUAAUUAUGGUAAAAACUUUGAUACAUUAAUUAUAAUUAAUUUCACUAUGAUAAAAAUCUCUCAAACAUUGAUUUACUACAGUAAAACACUUUGAUACAUUGGUAUAUCAUGGUUAAAACUUUUGAGAUGUUGAUUGUUAUGAGUAAAUACGUAAUUUUCAGCUUGAUAUGCACUUUUGCACGCCGGUCUGAUAUGUGAUAUGGGUUUUCAGACCGGUCGUUGAUAUCUGCUAUUGUGACGUCACUGGUAUCAGUGCAAAUCAGCAGUGCAAAUUUAAAUCUGCAUAAUCAUUACCAAGUAUAUAUAAUAAUCACCAAAAUUGCACAUUCAUUUGCCAGCUUUGAGGUUUAAAUGUGUUUGAAAUAACAAAAUACUGGUGUUAUUACUGAAAUGUAUAAUAUAGAGCAAUUUUCAUUUGAAUUCAAAUUUUGGCAACAAAAUGACAGCUAGUGCCCCUUUAAAUAUCUUGAAUUUUGCAACAACAAUAAAUGUGUUAUAAUGGAUGUAGCAUCACAUUUCAUCUAUUAAUGACUUUUUUGAACACAGUUUUUGUUGUAUAUCAAUGUGUGUAUAUGAUUAAUUUGAUGAAUGUUUUACUUCAUGAAUUAAUUGAAUAUUAAAAAAUGUGGAACAGA